CACAUCUCUCUCACGUUCUCUUUAUUUGAUUCUACACUGGGCCAUUGAAGAAGCUUAGAAGAAAUUAAAACUCAGAUCUUCAGAAACAAACAGCCCUAGAAUAUACAUCAAAUUCAAGCUGUGCGAUCUGAGUAGGGUGUGUAUAUCAAGAAGAGGUUGGUAAAUAUGAUAGGAAAGAAUGGGAAAUUUCACGUUACUCAUCUGACCAUGAAGUUCUGAUAUUAUAUAAUCUUUGCACCGGAGAAGUAUGAAUAUUGUCAAGGGUGUUGCUGACCUUAUUCGAAGGACUUCCAGUGGCCAAAAUGAAGAGUCUGCUUCGGGGUCACAAGCUGAGAGUUUCUGCCCCCCUGGUCCAAGGAUUCGCUUUAGUGAAAUUGGAGACGAGGCAGUUCUGAAAGCACUUUGGGAGAGAUUCGAGAAGGCUGCUGACAAGGUCGAUAAACGGAGGGCGUUUCUUGUUUUUCUGAAGCAAUUUCUUGUUGUAUACAAGAAAUGGGAACCGGAGAAUUUUGGGCAAUUGUCAGAUGCUGCUUUAACUUCUCUCCCACUUGCAGAGCAUUCAUCACAUUCUGAUGAUGUAGUUAUUGGCUGUUUUGCUGGACAUCCAGCUGAAAUUAUUUUGACAUUGUCUGAGGAGCUUAAACAAAUAACUGCUCUGGUCACUGACUUAAGCACCAGUCCAGUGUGCUCAGCACCAGACUUCUCUUGUCCUUCCACAACUUUGAAUAUCACUUCCGAAGGGUUUCUUGUCUUGGAUGCUCUCUUAAUUGUCAUUCGGUCCUUGCAUAAUUGUAGAGUUUUUGGAUAUUAUGGUGGGAUACAAAAGCUUACUGCACUGAUGAAAGGAUCAGUUGUCCAACUAAAAUCAAUAAGUGGUGCACUCUAUGCUGAUGAAAAUUUAUCUAGCUUCACCAUGGAGAAGACUUCACUCUUGCAACAAAUACUUGUGUACAUGGUGUCAAUAAUAUUCAGUUUCAUUGAAUUAAAUUCAAAUGUGUAUGAGAACUCUCGGUUGUACAAUAAUAGUAUAGGCGUUAUUUCGGGGGAUGGUAAAUCAUCAGUUGACUCUUCUAGUAGCUUGAAUGUUCCUUUUGAAACAAAGGUAAACUGGCAUCAGAAGGCUGUUGUGUCGGUGAUGGAAGCUGGUGGCCUUAAUUGGUUAGUAGAACUGUUGCGUGUCAUCAGAAGGUUAAGCAUGAAAGAACAGGAGACAGAUUUUUCACUUCAUCAUUUGGCUUUAAGAAUUCUCCGCUCAGCAUUAUUUGACAAUCCUCGCUGUCAAAAUCAUUUUAAAAGCAUUGGAGGACUUGAAGUUCUGUUGGAUGGUCUUGGUUUACCACCAGGCAAUGCUCAGUUGUUAAAGAAUUCCACUUGUGCUGUUGAGAAACGAGAUGAAAAUACUUUGUUAAACAUUUUCCAGCUGCAUGUUCUUUCUCUUGAAGUUCUUAGAGAAGCUGUCUUCACCAAUAUCAGCAACUUGCAAUUCUUGUGUGAAAAUGGGAGAGUUCAAAAAUUUGCAAAUAGCUUUUGUUCACCUGCUUUUAUGUUUCAAGACUACAGACUCCAAGCCAAGGACUUGUCAGGGAACAGUGAUAUUCAAUUGCACCUUUCCAAUUUUGAAAGUGAGAAUCAUUUGAAAAAUCUGAUGGCAGAACUUUCUCUUGAAAUUGCUACUACUGGCUCUUAUCCUCAACUUUGGAGUGAUUAUGUUGUUAAAUUGAGCAGAGUACUCUGUUCUUUCCUUCUUGUGACAGGAGAUAUUAGAUCUCAUUAUGUCGAAAUAUCAUCUGGUCGAACAUCAACUCCCGUAUCUUCAUUAUACAGUGAACUUUCAAUUAAAUGGGUUAUGAGGGUUCUUCUUACAUUGUUCCCAUGCCUUAAAGCUUGCUCAAAUCAAAAUGAAUUUCCUAUCCAUUUAAGGGUCUUUAUUAAAACUCUGCAGUAUUGCAUUCUAGUUGCAUUCAGGAAGGUCCUUGUUGAAUUCCCUUUAUCAUUAGAUGUAUUUCGAGAAGAAGGAAUAUGGGAAUUUAUCUUUUCCGAGAGUUUUUUCUAUUUUGGACCAGCUUCUGAGGAUGUUUCUGCAGAGUUUUGCACAUAUAACGAGUCUCUAACCAAGAAUGAAGCUUAUUCUAUUUCUCAUAUCACUGACAAUCAACCAAAGAUUUAUGGGGUCCAAAUUCUCCAAAGGGAGUUAAUCUCUUUUGUGGAGUUUGCAGCUACUUUGAGUGGAAGUGCACAUAACUUGCCUGAAUUGUCUGCUCUGCUAGAUGCCUUUGAGCAAUCUGCUUGUAAUCCUGAAGUUGCUAAUGUUCUUGCAAAGAGUCUGCUUUGUAUAUUACAGCAUUCAACUGAGAAAACUAUUGCUUCUUGUAAGUCACUUAAUGCUGCUGCUCGGGUGCUUAAAGUUGCUUGUCUUCAAGCCCAAGAAUCCAAGAGGUUUGGAAAUAUAGGUUUUGAGGGUAAUGCCACUGAUGAGGUUCCGUCUUACACCCAGCAGAAACCUAAUUUGCAGGCAAUAGCUCAAAGUUGGCUCAAAUGCCUGGAUAUAUCCAUGGAGCUCUUUACGGCAAUUUUCUCAGCAGCAGAUGAUGCUAGGAGUUUAAUUCUGCAUAGUUCUGCAUGUAUUGAUUGUUUGUUUGAUUUGUUUUGGGAAGAACGUUUGAGAAAUAAUGUGCUUAAGUAUAUACUUGAGCUCCUGAAGAUUGUACCUUCAUCUGAGGAAGAUCAAACAGCCAAAUUACAGUUAUGUUCUAAAUAUUUAGAAAUGUUUACAGAAAUAAAGGAACGUGAGAAGUGCUUUGCAGAACUGUCCAUUGAUUUACUGGUUGGAAUGCGAGAUAUACUCUUGACUGAUCCUGUGUACUAUCAGGCUUUGUUUCGUGAUGGAGAGUGCUUUUUGCAUGUCGUCUCUUUACUAAACGGUAACCUUAAUAAAGUGAGUGGAGAAAAGUUGGUUUUGAAUGUUUUUCAAACUCUUAUCUGUUUGCUCGCAAGUAAUGAUGCCUCAAAGGCUGCAUUUAGAGCUUUAGCCGGCACAGGAUACCAGGCAUUGCAAAGUUUGUUGCUUGACUUUUGCCAGUGGCAUUCAAGUGAAGGUCUUUUAAAUGCACUGCUUGAUAUGGUUGUUGAUGGGAAGUUUGAUCUAAAAGCAGGUGCUAUAAUAAAGAAUGAAGAUGUGAUCAUACUUUAUCUAAGCAUCCUGCGGAAGAGCAGUGAGUCAUUACAGCAGCAUGGAUUGGAUGUGUUUCAACAGUUACUGAGGGACUCGAUUUCUAAUCGAGCUUCUUGUGUCAGAGCAGGAAUGCUUAAUUUUCUGCUUGAUUGGUUUCCACAAGAAAACAGUGAUAGCGUUAUCUUUAAGAUUGCGCACUUAAUUCAGGUUAUUGGUGGGCACAGCAUUUCUGGGAAGGAUAUCCGCAAAAUCUUUGCUCUCCUCCGAAGUGAGAAGGUUGCGAGUCGGCAAAAGUAUUGCUCAUUGCUUUUGUCCACUGUUUUGUCAAUGCUAAAUGAGAAAGGACCAACUGCCUUCUUUGAUUUCAAUGGGAAUGAUUCAGGGAUUACUAUAAAAACACCUGUGCAGUGGCCUCUCAACAAGGGUUUUUCCUUUUCAUGCUGGCUUAGGGUAGAUAAUUUCCCUAGAAGUGUAGCAAUGGGUCUUUUCAGCUUUCUGACAGAUAAUGGAAGAGGAUGCUUGGCAGUUCUUGCAAAGGACAAACUAACCUACGAGUCAAUUAAUCUGAAGCGACAAUGUGUUCAACUACCCAUUAAUCUUGUUAGAAAGAAAUGGCAUUUUCUAUGUGUAACUCAUAGCAUUGGGAGAGCCUUUUCUGGAGGCAGCUUAUUAAGGUGUUAUGUGGAUGGUGAGCUUGUAUCUUCUGAAAGAUGCAGAUAUGCUAAAGUUAAUGAACCGUUGACAAGUUGUAAAAUUGGUGCAAAAAUUCAUACGUCAAUGUGCGAAGAUGACAUUCUGCAGGAGUCUGUAAAAGACACUUCUCCAUUCUUUGGUCAGAUUGGUCCUGUUUAUUUAUUCAGUGAUACCAUUUCUCCUGAUCAAGUCCGGGGUAUAUAUACUCUAGGACCAAGCUACAUGUAUUCAUUCCUUGAUAAUGAAGCUGUCCCUUCCAGUGAUAAUCUAAUUCCUACUGGAAUUCUUGAUAUUAAAGAUGGACUUGCAUUCAGAAUUAUCUUUGGAAUCAAUGCACAGGCAAGUGAUGGCAAGAAAUUGUUUAAUGUUUCACCAAUGCUGGAUCAUGUACCAGAUAGGAACUUAUUUGAAGCAAAUGUGAUGACUGGCACACAGUUAUGCUCAAGACGCUUAUUGCAACAGAUAAUUUACUGUGUUGGCGGUGUUUCAGUAUUUUUCCCUCUUAUUGCCCAGUCUGAUAAAUAUGAGAAUGAAGAAAGUGGCCAGUGUGAACCUGCAUUGCCUAUUCCUAUUACAAGUGAACGGGUAACUGCUGAUGUUAUUGAGAUUAUAGCUUCUGUUCUUGAGGAGAAUUUGGCUAAUCAACAGCAGAUGCAUCUUCUAUCUGGAUUUUCAAUUCUGGGAUUUUUGUUGCAAUCAGUUCCUCCUCAGCAACUUAAUUUAGAAAUGCUUUCAGCUUUGAAACAUUUGUUUAAUGUCAUCGCGAACUGUGGUUUAGCGGAGCUGCUUGUCAAAGAUGCUAUAUCUAGCAUAUUUCUUAAUCCUCUUAUCUGGCUUUACACAGCUUACAGGGUGCAGCGUGAACUGUACAUGUUUCUCAUUCAGCAAUUUGAUAAUGAUCCACGGUUGCUUAAAAGCUUAUGCCGGCUUCCCCGUGUACUUGAUAUAAUCCGCCAGUUUUAUUGGGAUAAUGCAAAAUCUCAAUUUGCUACUGGGAACAAACCUCUUCUACACCCUGUUACCGGAAAAGUUAUAGGAGAGAGGCCUAGCAAAGAAGAAAUCCAUAAAAUUCGUCUCCUUUUAUUGAGUCUUGGUGAAAUGAGCCUGAGGCAGAACAUUGCAGCAGUAGAUAUAAAAUCCCUCAUUGCUUUCUGCGAGGCAAGUCAUGACAUGUCAUGUAUAGAGGACGUUCUACAUAUGAUUAUUCGAGACGUUUCUCAAAAGCCACUGCUUGCAGCAUUCCUUGAACAAGUCAAUUUGAUUGGUGGUUGUCACCUCUUUGUCAAUCUUCUUCAGAGGGAAUUUGAGCCUAUUCGAUUACUUGGCUUACAGUUCCUUGGGAGACUUUUGGUCGGUCUUCCAUCAGAGAAGAAGGGACCUAGAUUUUUUAGUCUGGCUGUUGGAAGAUCCCGAUAUCUUUCUGACGACCACAAGAAAAUCAGUUUAAGGCUGCAACCAAUUUUCUCAGCAAUGGCUGACAGAUUGUUCAGGUUUCCACAGACAGAUAAUUUGUGUGCCACCUUGUUUGAUGUUCUUCUUGGUGGUGCUAGUCCGAAACAGGUUUUGCAAAAGCAAGUUAAUAGGCAGAGAAGCAAGGGCCAUAAUUCUCAUUUUUUCCUUCCUCAGAUCUUGGUUCUCAUUUUCAGAUUCCUGUCUGGCUCUGAGGAUGCAUUUGCUAGAGUGAAAAUAAUCCGAGAUUUACUUGAUCUUCUUGAUUCAAGUCCUUCAAAUGUUGAGGCUUUUAUGGAAUUUGGGUGGAAUUCUUGGUUAGCAGCUUCUAUAAAGCUAGACGUGUUAAAAGAUUACAAAGUCAAUUCACAAGAUCGGGACAUCAAUGGGAUAAAUGAGCAAAGUUUUGUAAGGAGCCUAUUCUGUGUUGUUCUUUGUCACUAUAUGCAUCAUGUAAAAGGAGGUUGGCAACAGUUAGAAGAGACCUUGAAUUUCCUACUUAUGCAGUGUGAGCAUGGGAGUGUUUCUCGUCACUUGCUUCGUGAUAUAUAUCAGGAUUUAAUCCAGCGAUUGGUGGACCUAUGUUCUGAAGAAAAUAUUUUCAUCUCCCAACCUUGUCGAGAUAAUACAUUAUACCUUUUAAGAUUGGUUGAUGAGAUGCUUAUCUCUGAAAUUGACCAUGAACUUCCGUUUCCUUCAAGUGGCUCAGAGUUUUCUAUUGAUACCUUAGAAAUAGAAUGUCACAAAGACUAUGGUUCUGCCUUAUAUGAGGUUUUGCAAGGAGAAUCUGAUAGCCAAAUGUCCAGAAAUCUGUGGAGUUCUAAUCAGCAAACGGAAAAUGAAGAUGACAAGUGGUGGCAUUUAUAUGAUAACAUAUGGAUAAUUAUAAGUGAGAUGAAUGGUAAGGGGCCAAGCAAAAUGUUACCAAAAUCUUCACCCCAAGUAGGCCCAUCCUUAGGCCAGAGAGCACGUGGCUUGGUGGAGUCCUUGAAUAUUCCUGCUGCAGAAGUUGCCGCGGUUGUUGUAUCAGGAGGCAUAGGCAGUGCAUUGGGUGGAAAACUAAACAAAAAUGUUGAUAAGGCCAUGCUUUUACGAGGAGAAAGGUGCCCAAGAAUAAUCUUUCGACUUGUAAUCAUUUACCUCUGCAGAUCUUCUCUAGAAAGAGCAUCACGAUGUGUCCAACAGGUUAUUCAACUUUUGCCAUGUUUGUUAGCUGCUGAUGAUGAGCAAAGCAAGAACAGAUUGCAGUUGUUCAUUUGGGCUUUGCUUGUUGUUCGUUCGCAGUGCAAAACGUUAAAUGAUGGUGCCCGUUUUCAAGUUAUAUCAUACUUGAUUCGAGAAACUGUAAAUUGUGGCAAAUCAGUGCUUGCAUCCACCAUUAUGGGAAAAGAUGACUCAGACUCAGGCAGCAACUUAAAAGAAUUGGGUUCUAUUCACAAUCUCAUUCAGAAGGAUCGAGUGCUUCUAGCGGUUGCUGAUGAGACAAGUUAUGUAAAAACACUAAACACCGAUCGCACCAGACAGUUGCAUGACCUCAGCACUAGAAUGGAUGAAAAUUCAUCUGCAGAAUCACAUAAUAGGAAAGCAUUUGAAGAUGAUUUAGAAAGUAGCCUAAACUCCAUUCUAGUUUCAGAUGAGAGCAGAAGAGGUGCAUUCCAACUUACUCACGAGGAAGAGCAACAAAACAUAGUUGAAAAAUGGAUACACAUGUUUCGUGCAUUGAUUGAUGAAAGAGGUCCAUGGUCUACUAACCAAUUUCCAAAUAAUGCUGAAAAGCAUUGGAAACUUGACAAGGCAGAAGAUACAUGGAGAAGGAGACUAAAGCUGAGACAGAAUUAUCAUUUUGAUGAAAAGCUUUGUCAUCCUCCAUCCUCCGUGCCUAGCGAUGAGGUUACACUUCCAGUGAAUGACAGUAAAUCUGGGUUAGCUGGGCAUCUUCCUGAACAAAUGAAGCAGAUUUUGCUGAAAGGAGUUCGUAGGAUAACUGAUGAGGUGAUUUUAGAAUCUAAUGAGAGCGAUGCUGAACUCACUGGGCAGAAGGCCUCAAUUGCCAAGGAUGUCUUAGACAGUCAGUUCCCUGAGCUAGUCAAAGACUCCAGUGAUUGGGUGGAAGAGAGAAAAGAUUCUUCUUUGUCUUCACUUGAGGCAGAAAGUAGUGAGGUUCUUACAUCAGUUCCUUGCGUACUGAUAACUUCAAAAAGAAAAUUAGCUGGACAAUUGGCAGUUAAGAAAAGUGUAUUGCAUUUCUUUGGUGAGAUUUUGGUUGAAGGUACUGGAGGAUUAUCAGUUUUCAAAAGCUUCCAUGCUUCAAGCAAUUCUGACACGACCAAGCCUGAUCAAAAGCAAAAAUCCCUGAGAGUACCAAGAGAUCUGGAUCUAUAUUCUGGGAAGAGUACCUCAGUUGAUAACACUGCAGACAUGCAUGCAAAUGAGCUUAAGAAGAAACAACUAAAAAGUAUAAAGCGACAUAGGAGAUGGAACAUUAGCAAGAUAAAAGCUGUUCACUGGACUCGGUACUUGCUAAGAUACACUGCUAUAGAAAUCUUCUUCAGUGAUUCAGUCGCUCCCAUAUUUUUUAAUUUUGCGUCACUGAAGGAAGCAAAAGAUGUUGGAACCUUGAUAGUUGCCACUAGAAAUGAAUAUUUGUUCCCAAAGGGGAGUGGUAGGGAUAAGAGUGGAGUUAUUUCAUUUGUUGACAGACGUGUAGCACUGGAGAUGGCAGAUAUUGCGAGAGAAAGAUGGAGGAAACGGGAUAUAACAAACUUCGAAUAUCUAAUGAUUCUCAAUACACUGGCAGGAAGAUCUUAUAAUGAUCUAACACAAUAUCCUGUUUUCCCCUGGAUCUUAGCUGAUUACUCUUCAGAAAUUCUUGAUUUUAACAAAUCAUCAACCUUCCGGGAUCUCUCAAAGCCAGUUGGAGCAUUGGAUUCAAAACGAUUUGAGGUGUUUGAAGAGAGAUAUCGUAGUUUCUCUGAUCCAGAUAUACCCAGUUUCUACUACGGUUCUCAUUACUCAAGCAUGGGAAUUGUGCUUUAUUAUCUUCUUCGAUUGGAGCCUUUUACUUCUCUUCAUAGGAACUUGCAGGGUGGUAAAUUUGACCACGCAGAUCGGCUAUUUCAAAGCAUUGAGGGGACAUAUCGAAACUGCCUUUCUAACACAAGUGAUGUAAAGGAGUUAGUACCUGAGUUUUUUUACAUGCCAGAGUUCCUUGUCAACUCAAACUCCUUUCAUCUUGGGGUGAAACAAGAUGGUGAACUGAUUAGUGAUGUUUGUCUUCCUCCUUGGGCCAAGGGUUCACCUGAAGAAUUUGUUCAUAAAAAUCGAGAGGCCCUUGAAAGUGAAUAUGUUAGCUCAAACCUUCAUCACUGGAUAGAUCUGGUAUUUGGUUACAAGCAGCGUGGGAAACCUGCCGUGGAGGCAGCGAAUGUCUUCUACUAUUUAACUUAUGAAGGCGCAGUUGAUUUAGACACCAUGGAAGAUGAUUUGCAAAGAUCCGCAAUUGAAGAUCAAAUUGCAAAUUUUGGUCAGACACCUAUCCAGAUCUUCCGCAAAAAACACCCAAGAAGGGGACCACCCAUUCCAAUUGCUCAUCCCCUUUACUUUGCACCCAGUUCAAUUAACUUAACUUCUAUUGUAUCUGCUACAAGCUAUCCAUCAUCGUCUGUGUUAUAUGUUCAUAUAUUAGAUUCGAAUAUUGUCAUUGUUAACCAGGGGAUCACCUUGUCAGUUAAGAUGUGGUUAACAACCCAAUUGCAAUCUGGUGGAAAUUUUACCUUCUCGGGCUCUCAGGAUCCCUUUUUUGGUGUUGGUUCUAAUACUCUGUCUUCACGAAAAAUUGGAAGUCCAUUGGCUGAAAGUGUGGAACUUGGUGUACAAUGCUUUGCAACAAUGCAAACACCAUCUGAAAAUUUUUUGAUCUCUUGUGGCAAUUGGGAAAACAGCUUCCAAGUUAUAUCCUUGAAUGAUGGCAGAAUGGUACAAAGCAUCAGACAGCACAAGGAUGUGGUCAGUUGUGUGGCAGUGACAUCUGAUGGAAGCGUCCUUGCUACUGGAAGUUUCGACACCACAGUUAUGGUUUGGGAAGUUCGCGGAAGAAAUGCAGAAAAGAGAUUCCGUACUGCACAGAUGGAAUUCCGUCGGAAAGACUGUGUGAUUAUUGAAACCCCGUUUCAUAUUCUUUGUGGGCAUGAUGAUAUAAUUACAAGCUUGUUUGUUAGCAUGGAGCUUGACAUAGUUAUCAGUGGAUCAAAAGAUGGAACCUGUGUUUUCCAUACCUUAAAGGAGGGAAGAUAUGUAAGAUCUUUACGCCAUCCCAAUGACGCUGCUUUAUCUAAGCUUGUUGCCUCUCAGCAUGGAAGAAUUGUGUUUUAUGCUGAUGAUGAUCUCAGUUUGCAUUUAUAUUCAAUCAAUGGUAAACAUCUUGCUUAUUCUGAAUCCAAUGGACGCCUCAACUGUAUGGAACUGAGUAGAUGUGGUGAGUUUCUGGUCUGUGCUGGAGACCAAGGGCAGAUAGUUGUACGCUCUAUGAAUUCACUUGAGGUCAUAAAAAAAUAUAAUGGAAUUGGAAAGAUAAUAACAUCUCUAACAGUGACUACGGAAGAAUGCUUCUUAGCAGGAACCAAGGAUGGAAGCCUACUUGUGUAUUCUAUAGAAAAUCCUCAACAACGCAAAGGCAACGUUCCUCGAAAUUUGAAAUCCAAACAUUCUGUAGCAGGAUAGACCAAUAAUUAAGGAUGGAAUCCAUGGAGAUUUGAUGACUAACUCUGUUCUUGAUGUUAAAAGGGAGCACGUUGAAAAGACCGAACUGGCCAUCUUUAUCUCAUGCUGGUUUAUUCAGAUCCAUCAAGUUGGCACAACCUCCUGAUGGAGCUUUUGGUAAAAGUAGUGAAUAUAUAUAUAUACAUAUAUGCCAGUGAAAUUGGUGAAAAUAUACAGUUCUAUUUGCAUUUCUUGAACUCUUCGGAAACAUAUUUUAACUUUUGCUUCCUGUUGCAACACCUACAGAGCUAAGUCAAUAACACAGACGGAAGCUGGCUUUUACAAUUGUAUUAUCCACUUUGAGGGAUCUUACUACUUAGUACAUUUAAGUGUACAUUGUGUUAUCCAAUGAAAAGAUUAGAUUAGGUUGUUGUAUUAACUAUCAAAGCCUUCCAACUCUUUUUUCUUUUUCUUUUUUAUGUUGACCUUGGGUCUUAUAUAGAUUUGGUUCAAUGCAAUUUUCUUCGUCAUAAUCAUUUUUAGCUAGGCUAUAUUUAUCGGGAUCGUUGAGAAGUUUAAAGCCGUGGAGGUCUAUACAUUUAUGUUAAACUAGAAAAUAAAAGCGCGUUCCUUUUAGAA